UUCAAGACACGACUUUCGUCAGUCCUGAACGGUUUUGGUUAAACUUACAACAGACUCAUAUCAACGUGAACUUUUUCCCGACACGUUAAUUUACAAUAUUUUGAGAAGAAACUCUCAACAAAUAAAGAUGUCAACCGCUCCAUCCACCCAGGGUGAUCGGCUUACCACAGGAGCCGUGCUCUUCACUGGAUCUUCCCACUACACGAUUCAGUCUUUCCUGGGGCAGGGCACAUUUGGAAAAGUUGUGAAAUGCGUAAGGAUGAGCGACAAGAAGACUGUGGCCAUCAAAAUGAUGAAGAAUGAAGGAUCAAACAUCAUGCAGGCAAAAGCAGAGGCGUCAUCCCUGUCAAAACUCAGAUCUCUGGACCCGGACAAGUGCAACAUUGUUCGGUGGUACAAACAAUUCACUGACAGGGGAUAUAUUUGCUUCCUGUUUGAGCCACUUGACAAAAGUCUUUUAGAUCUCAUGAGGGAAAAAUAUUUCAGACCCCUCCCUCUAAAGGAGAUUAGACCUAUCGUCCAGCAGCUCGCUAACGCACUGGAGCACUUGAAGACUGUCGGCAUUAUACAUGCAGACCUCAAGAUGGAGAACGUGGUGUUGGUAGACCAUGUACGGGUGCCUUACAAAGUCAAACUGAUUGACUUUGGCCUGGCCUGUGACGUGUCAGCUGCUAAGCCUGGCAUGUACAUCCAGAGCCGUCCAUACAGGUCUCCAGAGAUUCUCCUGGGCCUUCCGUUCACUGAGGCCAUAGAUAUGUGGGCUCUGGGCUGCUUGGCUGCUACUUUGUACCUCGGCAAAAUGCUGUACCCAGGCAGUUGUGAAUACGAUAUGUUAAGGUACAUAGUGGAAACUCAGGGUGAUCCACCACAAAAGAUGCUCUGCCGUGGAAGAAAGACUCCCAGGUUUUUCAAAAUCAAGUACUUGGACUUCAUCAACAGUGUCUGGACACUUAAGACACCAGAAGAGUACCACAGAGACACUGGGAUUCAGUCGACUGAGAACAGAGCCUUGAAGUUCAGAUCUCUGGAUGACCUCCUGCACAUCCAACGUGUUAUUCCUGAGAAUUCUGCUGAUAAAGAUGCAGAAACGAUUGAUCAGCAGAUGUUUGUGGACUUGCUGAAGAGAAUGCUUGAGCUUGAUGCCGCCAAACGCAUAACAUCCCGUCAGGUGCUGGAGCAUCGUUUCACCAGCAUGGCUCAAAUUGUCAGCAUGAGGAAACUCAGCUCCUAUGUUAGAUCCUCCUUGCAAAUAAUGACUGUUUGUCAGAGAACCCAGACUUCUGACAGAGGGACAGCAGUGUGUGCACAUUUGCAGCAGCCCGCCUCCACGACCUCCCACCUUGUCCCACAGAGCAAUCCUCCUCCUGCUGCUCCUGGGACAAGUGGUCUGGGCCAGCUGCAGUCCGUCAAUCCAAAUCCCUGUACUAGUACCCAGACUACUAGUUCAGUCAAGUCAGGGAUUAAAAGAAAAGCUGAUGAUGAAGAUUUCUCUGAAACCUCUCAUCUAUCAAAAAGGGUCACAUCUGAAUGGCACAGCUGUGCAGGUCCAUCCACUAGUGCUGCUGUGAAGAGUCACCCGAUGCAACCCUCCACAAGCAGCCACGUCCAGGCUAACGCUGAUGUGAAGAGCCGGCAGACCCAGCUCUUUCAACACAAUGUCAGCAGAGAACCCUCCACAAGCAGCCACGUCCAGGCUAACGCUGAUGUGAAGAGCCGGCAGACCCAGCUCUUUCAGCACAAUGUCAGCACAGAACCCUCCACAAGCAGCCACGUCCAGGCUAACGCUGAUGUGAAGAGCCGGCAGACCCAGCUCUUUCAGCACAAUGUCAGCACAGAACCCUCCACAAGCAGCCACGUCCAGGCUAACGCUGAUGUGAAGAGCCGGCAGACCCAGCUCUUUCAGCACAAUGUCAGCAGAGAACCCUCCACAAGCAGCCACGUCCAGGCUAACGCUGAUGUGAAGAGCCGGCAGACCCAGCUCUUUCAGCACAAUGUCAGCAGAGAACCCUCCACAAGCAGCCACGUCCAGGCUAACGCUGAUGUGAAGAGCCGGCAGACCCAGCUCUUUCAACACAAUGUCAGCAGAGAACCCUCCACAAGCAGCCACGUCCAGGCUAACGCUGAUGUGAAGAGCCGGCAGACCCAGCUCUUUCAACACAAUGUCAGCACAGAACCCUCCACAAGCAGCCACGUCCAGGCUAACGCUGAUGUGAAGAGCCGGCAGACCCAGCUCUUUCAGCACAAUGUCAGCACAGAACCCUCCACAAGCAGCCACGUCCAGGCUAACGCUGAUGUGAAGAGCCGGCAGACCCAGCUCUUUCAACACAAUGUCAGCAGAGAACCCUCCACAAGCAGCCAGACCCAAAGUGCAUUCAGGUCAGGCAUCAAAAGAAAGACAGAAGAUCGUGAAGAUGAAGAUCAGCAAACAAACUCUGACCGCAUAAAGAAGUUCCGGACAGAUGCUGAAGAUUCAUCCACCACAUGA